UUUUUUAAACCGGCAUGAACCGGCACAAACUGGUUAUACCACAGGUCGUACCAUUCCACUUGUCAAACCGGCACAACGGUAUAAACCGGUUUGACAACCUUGGAGAACACCCAAACAGAAAAAGAACAAAUCAAAAACCAAAAACCCUGAUUAAAAUCGCGGCGUCCACUUUGGUCCCAAAAUCUUUACUUUUUCCAGCUUACUUCCUUCAAUUGUUUUUCUCCAGCGGAGUGGGGUGGCGGAGGAGGCAAACCCGAGGAGGCGGAGAGGCCCAAGAAACUGUGAGAAUAAUAUAUGCAAGAGAAAAAGAAAACGAAUAGAAUCGAAUCGAGUAGGGGAAAGGCAAAUUUUCAGGCCCUUUUCCCGGCAACAUUCUUUCUUUACCCUUUACUUGUAAUUUUCAUUUCUAUCGUCGUGAUUCUUCGAGGGAGGAAGGAGAGUGAUGCGUCUCGUGGAUACUGGAAAAUAAACAAGGAAGGAUCGAGUGGAAGGAUCGAUCACGAGUUUUGUGAGUAGCUCUGUUUCUUCGUUCGGUUACAGGCUUCGAGCGAGAAGGUGGCGAUUUUUUUGGUUUCCCCUUGUGAUUCUCGACGGGCAAACGGGUCCUAUCGCGUUUUCCCGAUUGUCCGGCUUUCGGGGAAAUCUCGUGGGUUCAGGUUGAGCAGUGCAUCCACGAAGGUGUAUAUCUGGUUUCUGCAGAUUGGGGACCUUCAAGUAACUUGUAGCUCCUUGGUUUGAUACGCUGUCACAGGCAUUCAUUGUGAAUAUAGAUGCAAAAUACUGUAUAUAUAAUGGGAAUCUUCAGCCGGAGUGCGCUAAAUAAAAAACCAAAUGACAGCACGAGGCUUAUUAUAACGACAUUCUUGGGAAUAGUUUUUGGCUUUUUGAUUGGAGUAUCUUUCCCUUCAUUAUCUGUGUCAAAGCUAAAUUUUGCAUCUGGCCUUCUUCCUACAAUUGACUUAUCAUAUAUGGGCGAGAAUAAGUUGGGAAUUUCUACCCAUUCAGUUUCUAAUAGUUCAAGCAACAGUACCACUAGCAGCUCCGCAAAAUUGAAUGAUACAUCAAAAAUCUGGAUCCCUUCAAACCCUCGAGGUGCAGAGAGGUUGCCACCUGGAAUCAUUGUAGCUGAAUCUGACUUCAACUUGCGAAGAUUGUGGGGUAAACCCAGUGAGGAUUUAACCAAUAUACCAAAGUACCUUGUGACCUUCACCGUCGGUUACAAUCAGAGACACAAUAUUGAUGCAUGUGUCAAGAAGUUCUCAGCAAACUUUACAAUCCUGUUGUUUCACUAUGAUGGUAGAGUCUCCGAGUGGGAUCAGUUUGAGUGGUCGAGGCAGGCUAUUCACGUGAGUGCUCGAAAGCAGACAAAGUGGUGGUAUGCAAAGCGAUUUUUGCAUCCGGAUAUUGUGGCUUCAUAUGACUACAUAUUCAUAUGGGAUGAGGAUUUGGGAGUUGAGCAUUUCAAUGCAGAAGAAUACAUUAAGCUAGUUAAGAAACAUGGUUUGGAGCUCUCACAGCCUGGGUUGGAGCCUAAUAAAGGUUUGACCUGGCAGAUGACGAAGAGGAGAGGUGAUCAAGAAGUUCACAAAACGACGACUGAGAAACCUGGAUGGUGCACAGACCCUCAUGUGCCACCCUGUGCAGCUUUUGUUGAGAUCAUGGCUCCAGUGUUCUCUCGAGAUGCAUGGCGUUGUGUUUGGUACAUGAUUCAGAAUGACUUGGUCCACGGAUGGGGUCUGGACUUUGCGAUGAGGAAAUGUAUAGAGCCUGCCCAUGAGAAAAUUGGAGUUGUUGAUUCUCAAUGGAUUGUUCAUCAACGUGUCCCUUCACUUGGGAACCAGGUAGAACAAGAACACCAUUUCUACUAUUUCAUUUCUGUUAGCGAGCGAUGCAGGAAGGAAUGGACCAUGUUUCAGAACCGAGUAGCGAGUGCAGAAAAUGAGUACUUCAAGAAACUAGGAACGAUGCGAUCGAACUCCACUGCACAUUGAUGAGAAUAUGAACUUGGAGAAGAUGCAAAUUGUGACAGUAUAGGGACACCCUUAGUAUGUACACUACCCAUCAUUUACGGCAGAUUAGUAGGUGAGGGCGUGAGGCCACACACAUAUAUAUAUCAAUAUAUGCUUAGAAUCUAUUUACUGUAAUUUGUAACAUCCUAUUUAUAUUGGAGAAAUCAUAGGUAUGCAGUUCUCUCAUGAAGCAGGCAUGAACAAUAGAAAGAUAAUUAGAGUUUGAUGUUCAGUUGUGACGAACAUCGGCCACAAACAGGGGAACUGGCCCCUCAGGCAGCCCUCAAGAAAGACAGUUUUGAUUUCCCCACCCAAGUGCCUUCCUUGCUAUUGUAAGCAAGUGGCAAGUAGACUGAAAGUAACCCCUUCUUCUUGUUCUGUUCCUAAUCCUGUUGCCACAGCUCACAAGGCAACCCAGCUCCUUGAUUCACCACCCUCUGAAGCAACACGUGUCCUCCCCAUGCCAACAAUAUUAUUAUUAUUUGAUUAAUACCCACUUACCCUUUGUUUCUUUCUUCAAACCAAAGAGAAUGGCAUUGGCAACUGUUGCAGAAUCAAUCAUCAGCUCCCCCUCUCCCCCUAAACCUUACACGUGUUGCCACGUGUUCCCUUCCAACCCAUGGUUAAUUCCAGGAAACUGAUGGUUUAGUGUAGGCCGCAUGUUUUCCCCCCUCUUCAAAAAUAAACAAGAAACAAAAAGGCAGGAAGCUGGAGUUGUAUAUAUUUGUUGGUACAUGUCUCCUCUGUUUUUGCUCUGUUCCGCUCCUCCUCCAAAACGAACCCAGAGAGGGAAAAGAAGGACCAAGUGAUUGAAUUUCGGUGGUUGUGCGAUCUGGGUUUUCUCCAAAAAACCGGAAAGCAUGGGUCUUUCUAAUUUCCCAACUCCUUCAGAAGGGGUACUGCCCCUUUUGGUGGUCAACACGGUUCUCUCAGUUGCCCUGCUUAAGAGCAUGGUAAGGUCUCUGCUUCACUGGAUUGUUACUUCUCCAAUCAGCUUUGAUGGGAAUCAAGAGGAAAGCGGAUCCGGAAUUAUUAGAAUUACUAGUAGUAGCAGAAGGAGAAGAAGGAUAUCCAUAACGCAGUUCAGGGCAUUGAGUGGUGGGGUUGGUGCUGAAGCUUCUUCAACCAGCACCAACAAUGGCGGGGGCAGCGAAGGAAGGAGUGCUUGGUUGGCGACGACGGUGGAGUGUUGUGUUUGCUUAUGUGGGUUUCAAGCGGAAGAGGAAGUGAGUGAGCUUUCUUGCAAGCAUUUCUUCCACAAAGGUUGUCUGCAGAAAUGGUUCGAUAACCAGCACGCUACUUGCCCACUCUGUCGAUCGAUCAAGUAGAUUUGGUGGGGGGAGGAAGGGUAUUUCUGGUUAAGCUUUAGCAGAAACAAGGAAAAGAGAAAAGUUCCCAAGUUGUCAGGGAUUUCUCCGUAGAAAAUAUGUAGUUUGUUUGUAGCUUAAAAGCUUUCAGUCUUGAGCUUCUUUGUGGUGUUGUUUUUUCUCCCUUCAGGACUGUUGGUUGGGUUUUCUUAAGAGCUUGGUGUUCUUUUAGACCACAGGUUGUGGGACUUGGCUGAUGCUUAUGAAGGGAUUGGAUUGGAACCAUUUUGUGCUUGCAGCUUGUUUUAAUUGGAAAAUUUUGAGUUAUAGGUCAAAUUCUUAUGAUGAGUUCAAGUUGAAAUUCGCGGUUGCUUAAUGAAUGGUGCUCAUGUUUACUGUAAAAACAAAUCCCAAAAUCUCAUUAUUGGUUGGAAAUGUGGUCAACAGCCGAUUUUGGGGGGUCAAAGUUCCAUAUAUGUUUACAUUUUUAGAUUUCUGUUUCCAUUGGAUAUAAUGGUUUUAUCGAUAUUGAAUGUUCUACUGCUGUUAAACCGUAAUUUGAACGCAAAAUAUUCUAUGAAUAACUUAAAAUUAUACUGAAACAGUCUUUAUUAUUAUAUUUAUAUAUAAGAUGUUUCUGUACAGAGAAACAAUAAUACAAUGUAUCAGAAUCAGUAUAGUUCCUGAGGAAUUAUUUCCAGCCCAAAAUAAAAGUUGCAAACUUCAAUCCAAAGAUUCAAGUGGAAGAACAAAAAAGAAGAAAAAAAAACAUAAACAUUAUUUCACUUGUAGUUCCUUUAGUAUCAUUAUGAUACCUUUCAUAACUAGCAAUCUCAAGUAUAUUAGCCAAAGCUGAGGGAGGACAUGGUCUUGCUCCACUCAAACUUCUUGUGCUCCAUUUUUAUGAACUCUUCAGCUACACUGUCAACAUUUUCACUGCAAAUCUUUUCAUCACCAACCGUAACACAGACCUUAGACGAUGGCAACGACGAAGCUCUUUCGUAUCGCGGCAUAACUAAUUCCUCCCUCUUCGGAGGAUAGUAGCAGUAUCCAUAGUCAUCUGAUGAUGCCUCGCGGCUGUAGUACUGCUGGUUAAAGCUAUUUCUGGAUGACAUUUGAUGAUGAAGAGAACUGAGAUGUGGUAAUCGAUCGAAUUGGGGGAAAA